AUGUUAUUGUGCUGACCAGCAGUAUAUAUAUUAGCCCCAUCUUGGGUCUUGAAUGCAAUAGAGUUUCAUGGAUUAAUUGUUGAGUCAAUCUACAGGAAACUGUUUGACAAUUGAUAAUUGAAUUUUUUAAAGUAAUUUUUCAAGCAAAACUAGUGAAAAAACUUAAUCCUUUUGGGUUUUGCACUGUUGGGUGAACAAAGCAACGUCUUUGAGGAUGUUUCUGUCAGUUCUGCAAAAUGUUUUUUUUACACGAAAAAAUAAUGACAGAUAAAUAGAUAAUGGGAAUGAUCAUUAUUAUUUGCAGCUGUACUGCACUGUUUUCCUGGCACCCUUUUCUUUCUAUUUUUUACUUGUCCAUGUUUGAUCCGUCAGACAUGAAUCUGAGCAGCAUUAGGACCCAGAGCAGAGCAGCUGUCAGAGUCUGUGCAUUAAAUAUAGCAGCAGUGUGGUGUGUGUCGAUUAGAGCAGUUGGGGGUCAUGAGGAGGCCUGAACCGACCGGAUCAGUCUGAACUCUCCGUCCUCUGUCUUUUAAGACCGAACAGGAAAUACUCUCAUCUGAAAAUCCUUACAGACACAGAGUUUAUCUAAAGAGAACAGGAGCCUGAAGAUCAGCUGACUGCUGGAUGUAGCAGUUACCUGUGAGCCUCAGUGCCUGACUAAGGAAGCCUGUGAGGGUCAAACGCUGACCAGGAUGCUGCAGCUGUGUAAGGUCACCAACGCUCUGUUCAUCAGUAACGCCCGUUCAGCCUGCAGCGACGAGCUCAUCCAGCAGGAGGCGGUGACGCUCUGCAUCAAUGUGUCCAAGCAGCAGCCAUUUCCCGCCACCAGCGUCACCAAGCUGCAGAUCCCAGUCUACGACGACCCCAACGAGGACCUGUACAGCCACUUCGACCGCUGCGCCGACGCCAUCCAGAAGGAGGCCAACCGUGGAGGACGCAGCGUCGUCUACUGCAAGAACGGGCGCAGCCGCUCGGCCACCAUCUGCAUCGCCUACCUGAUGAAGCACCGCAAACUGACACUGACGGACUCCUUACAGAAAGUGAAGACGGCUCGUCACGUGAUUGACCCGAACCCCGGCUUCAUGUCUCAGCUGCAGAGAUACGAACGGGAGCUGAAGAACAGACGAGGAGGGACGAGUCCUGAUCCUCAACCUGAGGCCUGAACUCUCCUGAAGGUCGCGACGUGGAAACAUGACAGGUGACCUGCUUCAGAGUCACUGUUUCUGUCUCCACAUAUCAGGGCUGCUUUGAUCCAAACCCUCUUUCCUGAGUGUGUUGCACAAUUAAAAAAUUAAAGUCAGGGCUUAAUUAACCUCUAGAUUCUGGCCUCAGUAUUAACAUGAACAGGAAACGUAUCAUUUAUUUAACUUCCUUCAAUGUGUACCCAAAAUCAAACAUCAUAUGAUAGAUAGAUGCUUCAGUAGCUUUAAAGGGAAAUAAUAAUAUCCAAUAACUAAAGUAGGCUUAGUUUAAUAUGCACAUGGAAAAUAGAAUAAAAAAAACUGAGAUUAGAGAUUAAAGGUAAGAUGAAUAAUUACUGGAUAUACUCUGCACAUACCAAUACCGACGUCCUGUUCUAUAGAGUGAGCAUCAAUUCAAUUUGCAUAACAAUCAUAAUAGUGAUAAUAAUAAAAACAAUUAGUCAGUUCAUUGAUUAGUCCUUUCUCUCUGGUUCCAGCCUCUUAAAUCUGAGGAUUUGAUGCUGCUCUUUGAUUGGUUAAACAGAUCAAACAGGCAUUUUUUCACUAUUUUCUGACAUUUUGAUGACAAGAAAAUAAUCAACAGAUUAACUGAUAAUGAAAAUAAUUGUUAGUUGCAGCCUUAAUAACUUUAUUUCAGCUCAUAACAUAAGAAAGUGCUUUAAAAAAAAAAAAAAACAGGAGACACAAUAAAACAUUUAUAAAUAGAAUAUGAAAGUCGCUUAAAUGCCUGUUUAAAAAUCUGUGUUUUCAUCUAUGACAAUAAUAAAAAGUAACAGUGCAGAUUGUGAACAGAAGUUCUGCAUUUUAAAUGACCUGACAGCAAAUGGUAAAAUAUCUAGACUUAAAAAGAUCUUUCUUUUCAGUGUGUGUUAUUUUACAUAAGGGCUUAGCAGGUCAGAAAUAUGUACUGUAUUUAUUUAACAUAUUAUACUGUCCACAGGUGUAUUAUUUGAUUUCUGAUUUCACUGUACGUCUCCGUCUUCAGAGAGGCACCUGACAGGACGUUGUCCAUUUUGACCAAAGGUUUAUAAAAGACGUGAAAACAGGCUAAAACCAGAUAAAACCCUGUCAGCCUAAAUCUUUUAAACAGGUUUUCUGUCUGAAGCCACAGACCUGAGCUCCUGUGUCUUUCUGUACCAGGACUGUGGUUGCAGUUCCACCUUCUACCUCUAGAUGAUGAUGCAGUAUGUUAAACAGAUAAUGGUUUCUCUGCAGCAGGAUACGAUGAUACUACUUUUUCAAAGUCUGUCCUGCAACAUCCUUCAAGCCUUAUCUGAUUUAACAGUUAUUAACUUAUGUAUUUAAUGUUUUUUUUAAUUGCUUGUACAGUAUCUAGUUUUACAGGUACAUUUUAAUUCAACACACUGUAGAUGAUGAAUAUUGUAACAAGCCAUCAAAUGUCUUAAACUUUACUGGACUUAUAAAUAAAACAAAUGAAGAGUUAAGCUCAGGUUAAAAGUAAUAGUGAGAGUAGGAGACGCAUUAUUCGGAAGUACAUAUUUAGCAAAACUGUGAAAUGAAGUGAAAUUUUAGUGUUUAAUAAGCAGCAGCAUGUUAUCAAUGUAGGAAGAAACGUAUUGACGCAGCUGAUAUCAGGAAGAUGUUCAGAUCAUGAACCCCAGUAGUUUUAAAUGUGAGCGCUGUCGUGUUAAAGCUGCUGAUGGUUCAUUACUCAGAGCUUUCUCUUGAUACUGUGAAGAGCGACGACACAGUGACUGGACGUAAACGUAGGAACACACUGUAUGUGAGGUGUGUGUGUGUGUGUGUGUGUGUGCUUGUAAAUCUCAGGUGUGUCUUGCUCGUUUUGUGGUGCUGUCAUUUAGAACUGAAUUUAAAGGAAUAAUAUUAACCACAUAGACCUCAACAUGUCCUAACGAGUCUGUGGUGAUAAAACCAAACAGAUAUGACUGUAUGUGUUAGUUGACAGUUUGCAGCACAUAUUAUCACAUUAGUCCUGAACAUGCUUCACGUCCCUUUGAGACUCUGCUACUGUACAAAUGUCUGCGGGUUUUACCUGCUGAAAAAUGAAAUAAAGCUGUGUUCAUCA